CAAAGUAGGCGCGGUGAAGAAGUGGGCACGGAAGGCAAAAUUUUGACAGCCUAUUACAUUGUUUACGUUUUUUGUCAAAGAAAAGCAAUGAAAAGUAUGACCGAAACAGUCGUGCUUUGAGUGGCAAACAACAGUGGCUGUUUUUCAAUCUCCUCGAGCAAAAGCCGUGAAGCCGUGAAGUAGUACGGCUGGACGGAUCGAACUAGCAGAACAAAAGGGUAAAGGGUUGGGAAAAACCUUUAUCGCAGCGGUUGUGAUGUACAAUCUAUACCGGUGGUAUCCAACCGGGAAGGUUAUCUUCAUGGCACCGACUAGACCGCUGGUAAAUCAGCAGAUCGAAGCAUGCUACAAGAUCAUGGGUAUUCCCAAGGAAGAUACCGCCGAAAUGACGGGGAAACAGCUGAGGAAGAACCGCUCCGAGCUGUGGCAAACUAAACGGGUGUUCUAUGUUACACCACAGGUCAUCUUAGCGGAUAUCAAUUCUCCGGAACAAAACUUCCCCACCGAUAGUAUCAAACUGGUAGUGAUCGAUGAGGCCCACAAAGCUAAAGGUCGAUACGCUUACACCGAGGUCAUUAAAGCAAUAUCGGCUACCAAUAAGCAGUUUCGUGUGCUAGCCUUGUCAGCAACACCAGGCCGUACCUUGGAGGAUGUGGCCGAGGUUCUACGAAAUCUGCUAAUAUCACACAUCGAAGUUCGAUGGGAAAAUUCUAUUGAUGUUUCGCCGUACACAUUUAAGAAGAACAUUCGAACCGUCGUCAUACCACUUGGUCCCACACUGAGUCAGAUUCAGAUACUGAACGUUUUAUGAAGCCAGCCAUAAAAGUUUUUUUGACAAACCAGAAUGAAACAUACAAUGACCAAAACAGUUUCGUUAUUGAAUCCUUAUCUUCUGCUAACCAUUUUUUUUUUUUAAUUAUUUUUUGAAGGUGCUAUAGAGAUGAAAAAAUGUCAGAAUCAAGCAGAAAUAAUCUAUAAUUUAGAAUAUUUUCUUGUCAGGUCAUAGACAAUUUUGUUUUGAAUUUUCCUAAUAUUUCGUUUGAACUUCCUUUUUGUUUGUUAUAUCUUCUGUAGUCGAAAAAACUGACCACAAUACAAAUUCAAAGUUCAGGCGAUCCUCUCCGUACUACUAGGCAAAAGCUUCAGAUGCCUCUCGUUGGUUUUCCUUUUCAGAUGGAAUUACCAUAUUUAUAACACCAUAUCAGGCUACUAUUUACUUUAUUUUCAUGAUGUUAAAACAUUAUUAGGAUACUGUUUAUUCGAAAAAUCUAUGUUGUCCGGUCAUAGGCGGUGUCCGGCCAUAGACGAGUUCCCCCUACACCUAUAAAAAUAAUAUUUGGCGGCAUUUCUAUUCUUGGUAAAUCUCUAGCCUUCGCCCGCCUGAUAUCGAAAUUCAUUGAGGACUAAUUACUAAUUCAUUUCGGUGUAACAUGUGUUUCAAGCGACAGUUCGAUUUGACUCCUAACGUGUGGGUGCUGUAGCCUUGAAUAUCAAGCUCUCCUGAUUCGAUAGGUGUUCCGUGCAGGGCCACUGUUGUCAAGACAUUUGGCUGCAGCAUCACCGUUUGUGGGAAUGCCUCGAAAAAUACCCCUGUUGUUAGUAACCGGAUGUCAGUUACCUGAAGCUCGAAGGGCAGCGGGUUGGUCAGUUUCAAGUUCACCUCGCACACAUCGUGCUGAAUCCAGUUGAACGAUAUUUUACUAUCGUCCUUCGGCUGGCGGCGAUCCAUCGAACUGAAGUGGAUUGGCGUGAAAAGGAACGGUCCACUAUCGGCUUUGGCAACAACAAUCUAGACAAAGAACAUGUAGGAAUAGUAGAGAAAAUUAUUAUUAGAUGCCACAUCAAUUAUUGUUCUCAUCAGACUGAUGCAUUGCGUAGGGAUAUGGAAAAUACUAACCUUGAGCGGUUUCAUGUGCGACGGCAAAUCUUUUACCAACAGUUGACUGCACAAGGGUAGAUCUGUCAGAUUCGCGGGCGGUAUGAUGGUUCCAUUUUCCAAUACCAACGGAACCGGUGCACCCUCGCACUGCGAGCUGAGAUUUUGGAGCUGUAGUGCCAUUUCUUUUUGAUCGUGUGCGUUCAAAUGUUGCCACAUCGUUUGCAGCAGGAAUGUCAUGUGCCGUGUAGCUAACGCCGAUUGUCCCAGCCGCCUGGCCGUUCCCAUCAGCUGUUGGAGAAGAUCGAUCUGUAAAACCGGCCAGCCGAUGUUGCUCUCGAGUACCUGUUGUGGUACAAGAACGAGCUUGUGCCCUGGGAAACUUUCCAGCAUGAGUCGAUAACUUUGGCCCCAGUCAGGGUUGGUGUUACUAACGGCAACGUGUCGCCAGGCAGCAAGUCGUUGGCAGAAUGCGGCUUUUCUGUUGUAGCCUAUUUUCUGGUACAGAUAUGUGAGUACUGUAAAACCGGCCAGCCGAUGUUGCUCUCGAGUACCUGUUGUGGUACAAGAACGAGCUUGUGCCCUGGGAAACUUUCCAGCAUGAUUCGAUAACUUUGGCCCCAGUCAGGGUUGGUGUUACUAACGGCAACGUGUCGCCAGGCAGCAAGUCGUUGGCAGAAUGCGGCUUUUCUGUUGUAGCCUAUUUUCUGGUACAGAUCUGUGAGUACUUCAAACCGCCGAACCCGCUGUUGUUCGAUCAUGUUGAGGUUAAUGUAAAGUACGUUUUGAAGGAACAUUGCUACGUCCAAGUUUUUUCCCUGUUCAAUACAGAUUCCGGCUGCUUUCAGAGCAGCUUCUGUUUCGAUACUACCUGCGCUACGAUACUUGCUGUAAUUAAUAAUCGCUUCUCGAUAACGGGCUGGAAUUUCCUCCGGUUGGAGAAUGUUCGGAGGGAACUUCUGGGUAGUAGUUGAUUUGUUAACCAGCGUUCCAGAAUCGGUGAGCGAAGAACUUCCACUGGCCGUGCUGCCACCUGAUCCAGAUGAAAAUGUUAUCUGAUAGAAGAAGCUGGCGAGUUAGAAGAAGCGGAGGUUUUGUCCGGAAUCGAUGCCGUUAAUCACCAUAUCGGUUUUUUUCUGCCGUAGAUUGUUACAUUCAGCUCGGUUUGGUUGUCGAAUUUGCCAACUGUUAUCAAACCCAGCAGUCUCCGAUGCGGCUGGAAAUCACCCCAAUCAUUAUUUUCCACUGGAUGGUCUCUAAUAUAUCGGACCCAAAUAUCUCGAGUUAUUCCUGAAGAAUCUGAAAUUACAAUGAAUGAUGUCAAUUUUAAUCAAGCAAAAUUUACAACAGGGCAAUUUCUUUACCAGGAAUUUUGACGUUGUUCAGUCGCUGAAUUCGUUCGAAAACACGCUGCAGAGAUCGCGGCUUCAGUGGACCGAUUCCGCGUACAAGGAUUAGCAGACAACCGUGAUGAUAGUGAUGCUGCUCGUAGUCUGGAAGCGCCAUUAUCGGGUCACCUGGUCCUUGCGAUAACAUGUAACUUACAGACGAUCUCAUUUAGUGGCCAAUUUUCUUCAUUCGGUCCAGUUCGUUUUUGCUCCCUGCUUCGAUAACCUUUUAUACUUCAAACGGAGAACUUUCUCCCCCAAUCCCGGGAAAGGAAUUUUCUUGCCAGCAGGUCUACACUGAUUUGACACAUCAUCUUUUGUCGUCGACUCUUUUUUAUGAUUAUUUUUCGCGAUACGCCUCCCUUUUCUUCGUGCGUGCCACACACAGCUACCGUGAUACCUGUGCGCUUGAUGCACUUUGAUCCGUUCUUGUUUUGUAAACAAUGUCACAGCAUGGCUGAGUGGGCUCUUUGACAUUUUACACCACCCUAAUCUAACA